CGACAGCAUGCGUGUGUUUAUGGUGACGUCAGUUCGGUCUGAGUAAUCUAUUUAUUUUUUUAACCUUUAUUUCGGGUUAAUUUAAAAUGUGUCAGGUUAACGAGGAUUAUAACGACCUCCAGGACAGACCGUCCAUCCUCAAAAUCUCAAAGAAAUGCAUGAAGUGUAAAGAAGACACGGCGGUGCUGAUCAUCCGAGUGGGAGAUGCUUUCUGCAGAAGUUGCUUCAAGGAGUAUUUCAUCCACAAAUUUCGGGCCAUGCUGGGCAAGAAUCGGGUCAUCUUUCCCGGAGAGAAGGUUCUGCUGGCUGUUUCAGGUGGACCAGCGUCCAGCUGCAUGCUCGCCCAGGUCCAAGAGGGUUUAAGUCGGGACGCGGCCAAGAAGUUAAGAUUCGCUCCUGGCAUCCUCUACAUCGACGAAGGUGGAGUGUGUGGACGGAGUCUCGAAGAGAGGGAGAGCUCCGUAUCUCAGCUGGAGAACAUGUUCGGAAAGACCGGAUUCCCGUACCAUGUCGUCUCACUGGAGCAGGUGUUCACGCUGCCCCCUUCUGUACUGGAGUCCGUGCGCGGCGGUGAAAAGCCCAGCUCCGACUACAAAGCCGCAGUAGAUCGGCACAUUCGGGCCGAACGACAGCAGGGGCGCGCCGAGCCUCCCGUAGAGGAGUCGCGGGGUGCACGGGGCCGCCUCGGCACCUCCGCGUACACGCCCGAACACAGAGUGGCCCUCGAGGGCCUGUUCUCCUCUGUAAAGACACAGACAGCCAAAGAAGACCUGCUGCACACACUGAGGCAGCACCUGAUAAUGCACACUGCCCGUCUGCACGGCUACACCAAAGUGAUGAUGGGCGACAGCUGUACCCGUGUGGCGAUCAAGCUGCUCACUAACAUCUCUCUGGGACGAGGGGCGUCUCUGGCCGCAGAUACGGCUUUCUCGGACGGCCGGUACGGAGAUGUGGUGACGGUGCGCCCCAUGAGGGACUACUCCUCCAAAGAGAUAGCCUUCUACAACCGACUCUUCUGUGUGCAGUCGGUGUUUGUGCCCGGUCCGGAUACCGCGACGCCGGCCAAGUCGAGCAUCCAGCGGCUGACGGAGAGCUUCGUGGUCAAACUUCAGGCCGACUUCCCGUCCACCGUCAGCACCGUGUACAGGACGGGUGAGAAGCUUCACACGCCGGCUUCGGCACGAGGAUCUGCCUCCGAACCUGCUGCCAAGUGUCUCCUGUGCCUCUGCACCCUCGAUACCCAAGCAGACGAGGCGAGCGCUUUCCACGCCACCCUGGUGUCGGAGCGGCUGUGUCUGGAGCGGAAGAGCGAUGGCGGAGCCGGAGGAGGAGGAUGCUGCCAAGCGAGAGUGAAGAACAGAGCUGCACGUUUGCUUCGAUGAUGAUGAUUGAUGAUGAUGAUGACGACGACGACGACGACUCGGUUGUUCGGUGGUGUAGUCUGGAGCUAGCCUCGAGCCUGAGGUAUAAGUGGUGAACAGAUCAGGAGGCGUGUGUACAUAAUUAUGCAAAGUGUCCCAAAUAAUGGUGUAAAUAUAUGUGUCUGUGUCUUUCUGUCUGUCUGUGUGUGUGUGUCGUUAAGUCUUGCAUUGUGUCCUGUGUAAGUGGCACUUAAUAAAAAGAAGCUGAAACUCUGACACCUGUGUGAUGAUCCUGUAUGUGCAGCUGUGUGGUACUGCUGGUGAAACAUGUUUAUGGUGCAAAGUGGGUUUAGUGUGGAAGGUGGAAAACAGGAGUGGCCUAAGUCUUCAACCUUCCCCUAAGUCCCUGCCCUAGACUUACCCACCCAGUAAGUAAGCGACACUCCCUCCCUAUCCUAGGUGCUAAGGUAGUGGUGCCUGCUGGGCGGGUACCUGGUGCAGGGCGGAGACUGCUAGUUAGCCUGAGGGCCUUAUCAGUCUCCUGCACCCUGGAGCCAGCUCAUAGGCGGUCUGGCUCUUAUGGUAAGCAAUGGGGUGAAAGGACCGGGCCUUAGCAGUGGCAGACUGUGGGUGGGAAGGGCAAUGGUUUUGUACAGUAGUGAUUGGGAGCUGGUAAAAGGGGUGGAGGGGGGAAAAAGAGAGGGUGGGUGGCCUCCACCCCCAUCCUCCCACCUGUAGCUAGCUGCUUCCAGCUGGCGAAGAGGACCAGCAUGGGAGCAGAGCAGCAUACCCCCAGAAGGAACAGCAGCAGCAGCAGCAGCCAAGCGACCAGCCUGUCCUCGUCUGAUCCUCCCUCGGCUGACUCCCGCAGGCGGACUCCCAAUGGCGGCCCGACGUCUUUGUGCGAGCUCGGUCUUUGAGGGUCCAAGAGGCGUCCUCUCCAGGAGACUGCCGCUCCAGGCUGCCGCUCUGGAUCACUGGCUGCUCUUUUAUAGUCCUCACUCAACGAGCUCCCAUCAGCCACCGGCCCUGUCCGCACCUGCCGCUCCUUGGUGCCACUCAGUGCUACCGCACCAUUGGCUGGCCGAUCGCCAGUCAUCCAACUGAUGGCCACAACGAGCCCGGUCCCCCACCAAUCAGCUCGGCCGAGCGACAAAAGGACAAGCGAUCUAUUGGUCGUGCCUCGGUGGGGCCCGCCCACUCAGCCGGUCCAUGUGAUCUGUCACGACAUGUCGUCGCCUUUGACAGCUCAUCUGUCUGGGCUUUGACACCUAGCUCUGGCUGGCUGUCAUUCCUUUCAGCCAUUAUGUUGCCAGUUAUUUCAAAGCCACUCUUCAAAUGUCGUUUGCUUGGAUGGCGUGCUAGCUACAGGUCAGCCCUAGUGACCACAUGACUGUCACCCAGUCAUUCAUUCCACGACACCGUGUCAGUGACGGCCCUAUUGCGAUGAACUCAUCGGCCAUCGCCGGACACGUUGCCUUUUUUUGGUCGGGCGCCACUCCAAAUCCCUAAAAACACCUGGCAACCCACACAACAAUGGUUCAAGAGCACUCUAGUACCUACACACUACUGCACACUAGGUCAUCGCUGCUGAACAGGGACGGAGAGAGGGAGGAUGGGAGGGAGGGACGAUGGCUGCGACUGGAUUCCUCGUCACUGGGCACCUAACAGCCCCUGCUGACCAGUCAUGGGGCAGCUGACCACUGACAGCAAUACAUGGCCGUGCAUUCGGUUACGUUCCAUCCCUGGAUCGAGGGUCGAGAGUGAGGGCUAGCAGCAUGGACACAAGCAAGAGAGCAAAAUCAACCAGCUGACCACAAAUACACUGGGUGACCGACUGGACAGUCACAUUUUUACCUCCUAGGACCCCUUUCUUUGUGGUCAACCACUACACACCGACAUGAUCCCUAAUGAGCUCUUCUGCUUCUGUUUCCUCACUGCGUGUGUGUGUG